CCCCGUCUCUCUCCAUCAGGAGUUCUGACUCUGAAGAAGCAUUUGAGACUCCGGAGUCCACGACCCCCGUCAAAGCUCCACCAGCCCCACCCCCGCCACCCCCCGAAGUCAUUGCAGAACCUGAGGUCAGCGUGCAGCCUCCCCCGGAAGAACCAGGAUGCGGCUCUGAGCCCGUCUCCGUCCCGGAUGGCCCCCGCGGCAGCUCCGUGGAAGGCAGUCCUUUCCAUCCCCCGUCACACUCCUUCUCCGCCGUCUUCGAUGAAGACAAGCCGAUAGCCAGCAGCGGGACUUACAACUUGGACUUUGACAACAUCGAGCUGGUGGAUAACCUUCAGAGCUUGGAGCCUCGCCCCUCAGACCCUAAGAAUCAGGACUGCAAGGUGAACUCACGGAGGAAGUCCACGGACUCCGUCCCCACCUCUAAGUCGACGUUGUCCCGCUCGCUCAGCCUGCAAGCCAGUGACUUUGAUGGUGCUUCUUGCUCAGGCAACCCCGAGGCCACGGCCCCGGUCGUGGAUGCAUACAGCGCGGGUUCGAGCAGUGCUGCCAGUACCCUUAAGCGAACUAAGAAACCGAGGCCGCCUUCCUUAAAAAAGAAACAGACCACUAAGAAGCCCCCCGAAACCCCCCCAGUGAAAGAGACACAACACGAGCCCGCCGGAGAGAGCCCCGACCCCAGCGAAGAGAAUCAAAUAGCCGACACGAAAACAGAGCCGGCCAGGGCGGAAGGUUCUAGAUCAGCCUUAUCGGAGGAGGCACCCCUAGAACCUGCUGCUGCCCCCAAGGCGGCCUGCCCUCUGGACUCCGAGGGUGCAGAAGGGGCUGUCCCCCCAACUUCUGGGGGUGGCAGAGUGCAGAACUCACCUCCCAUUGGAAGGAGAACCCUGCCUCUGGCCACGGCCCCGGAGGCAGUGGAGGUGACCCCAUCAGAUAGUGGGGGGCAAGAGGACUCCCCAGCCAAAGGCCUCUCAGUGAGGCUGGAGUUUGACUAUUCUGAGGACAAGGGUAGUUGGGACACCCAGCAGGAAACCCCGCCUCCCACCAAAAAGAUAGGCAAAAAGCCGGUUGCCAAAAUGCCCCUAAGGAGGCCAAAGAUGAAAAAAACACCCGAAAAACUCGACAACACCCCUGCCUCGCCUACCAGGUCCCCCGCUGAACCCAAUGACAUCCCUAUUGCGAAAGGUACCUACACCUUUGAUAUUGACAAGUGGGAUGACCCCAAUUUUAACCCUUUUUCUUCCACCUCAAAAAUGCAGGAGUCUCCCAAACUGCCCCAACAAUCCUACAACUUUGACCCGGACGCCUGUGAUGAGUCCACUGAUCCCUUUAAGACGUGCUCUAAGGCCCCCAGCUCACCUUCUAAAUCCCCAGCCUCCUUUGAGAUCCCAGCCAGUGCCAUCGAAGCCAAUGGAGUGGACGGGGAUGGGCUGAACAAGCCCGCCAAGAAGAAGAAGACGCCCCUCAAGACUGACACGUUUAGGGUGAAAAAGUCGCCAAAACGGUCUCCUCUCUCUGAUCCACCUUCUCAGGACCCCACCCCCGCGGCCACACCGGAAACGCCGCCCGUGAUCUCGGCAGUGGUCCACGCAACCGACGAGGAGAAGCUGGCGGUCACCAGUCAGAAGUGGACGUGCAUGACGGUGGAUCUGGAGGCUGACAAACAGGACUACCCCCAGCCCUCGGACCUGUCCACCUUCGUGAACGAGACCAAAUUCAAUUCACCCACGGAGGAGUUGGAUUACAGAAACUCCUAUGAAAUCGAAUAUAUGGAGAAAAUCGGUUCCUCCUUACCUCAGGACAACGAUGCCCCGAAGAAGCAGGCCUUGUACCUUAUGUUCGACACGUCUCAGGAGAGCCCGGUCAAGUCUCCCCCUGUCCGGAUGUCCGAGUCUCCAACGCCGUGUUCAGGCUCAAGUUUCGAGGAGACCGAAGCCCUUGUGAAUACAGGGGCAAAGAUCCAACAUCCCGUUGCACGAGGGCUGGCCCCCAACCAGGAGCCACACUUGCAGGUGCCAGAGAAGUCCUCCCAGAAGGAGCUGGAGGCCAUGGCCUUGGGCACUGCAUCGGAGGUGAUGGAAAUUAGAGAAGCUGCUCACCCACCGGAUGUCUCCAUCUCCAAAACAGCCUUGUAUUCCCGCAUCGGGACGGCCGAGGUGGAGAAGCCCGCAGGCCUUCUGUUCCAGCAGCCCGACCUGGACUCUGCGCUCCAGAUCGCCAGGGCAGAGAUCAUAACCAAGGAGAGAGAGGUCUCAGAGUGGAAAGAUAAAUAUGAAGAAAGCAGGCGGGAAGUGGUGGAAAUGAGGAAAAUCGUGGCCGAGUAUGAGAAGACCAUUGCCCAGAUGAUAGAGGAUGAACAGAGGGAGAAGUCGGUCUCCCACCAGACCGUCCAGCAGCUGGUCCUGGAGAAGGAGCAAGCCCUGGCCGACCUGAACUCCGUGGAGAAAUCUCUGGCUGAUCUCUUCAGGAGAUAUGAGAAGAUGAAGGAGGUCCUGGAGGGCUUCCGCAAGAAUGAAGAGGUGCUGAAGAAGUGUGCACAAGAGUACCUGUCUCGAGUAAAGAAGGAAGAACAGAGGUACCAGGCGCUGAAGGUCCAUGCGGAGGAGAAGCUAGACAGGGCCAAUGCCGAGAUCGCCCAAGUCCGGGGCAAGGCCCAGCAGGAGCAGGCUGCCUACCAGGCCAGCCUACGGAAGGAGCAGCUGCGAGUGGACGCUCUGGAGAGAACGCUGGAGCAGAAGAAUAAAGAGAUAGAAGAACUCACCAAGAUUUGUGAUGAACUGAUUGCCAAAAUGGGGAAAAGCUAACUCUGAACCAAAAGUUUGGACUUGACCGUUGCGUGCAAUAUGACCGUCGGCACACUGCUGUCCCUCCGGUUAUGUGGACAGGUUCUGUUUUCACUUUUUCGUAUGCACUACUGUAUUUCCUUUCUAAAUAAAGUUGAUUUGAUUGUAUGCAGUACUAAGGAGACUAUCAGAAUUUCUUGCUAUUGGUUUGCAUUUUCCUAGUAUAAUUCAUAGCAAGUUGACCUCAGAGUUCCUGUAUCAGGGAGAUUGUCUGAUUCUCUAAUAAAAGACAAAUCGCUGACCUUGGCCUUGCCCUUUGUACAUGAGUUUCCAGGGUGAGCGGCUUUUGGAUUUAAUAUGAUCAUGUACAGCUUGCAAAGGGACUCUUGCCUUAAGGAGUGUAAACUUGAUCUGCAUUUGCUGAUUUGUUUAAAAAAAAAAAAAGAAAAAUGCAUGUUUCAAAUAAAAUUCUCUAUUGUAAAUAAAUUUUUUUCUUUGGAUCUUGGCAAUAA